CAGUAACGCAAGAUCGCUCGUCACAUCAACAGGUUGAUUCUUGAUUAUAUAGUCGUCGUUGUUUGGGGUCGUUGAGCGAGUACAAAGCUGAAAUCGGUUGCGAAAUGAGCACCCUGGCACUGCUGGCAUUCGUGCUUUGGGCACUUUUCCUGCGAUAUCUGCCGAAUAUCCUGAAUUUCCUGAGGCUUCAGAGAUUCGCUAAGACAUUGCCGGGUCCCACGAUUGGCGAGCUGAUUGCCAAUGUAAAGAAAGGGGAGAUCCUUAACUGGCUGAAGGAGCUGAGGCAGCAGCAUGGCUCGGUCUUCCGCAUUUGGUUCGGCAAGGAUCUGAUGGUGAUGUUCACGGAUCCGGAGGACAUCAAGCAGCUGCUGGGCAACAACCACCUGCUGACCAAGUCGCGGAACUACGAGUUGCUUGAGCCCUGGCUGGGCAAGGGAUUGCUCACGAAUGGAGGCGAGUCCUGGCACCGUCGCCGCAAGCUGCUCACUCCGGGCUUUCACUUCCGCAUCCUGGGCGAGUUCAAGGAGCCCAUGGAGGAGAACUGCCGCAUCCUGGUGAACCGGCUGAAAACACGGGCCGAUGGCGAGUCUUUCGACAUCUACCCCUACAUCACCCUGUUCGCCUUGGACGCCAUCUGCGAAACGGCCAUGGGAAUCAAGAAGCACGCCCAGCUGCAGAGCGACUCGGAUUAUGUCCAAGCUGUCCAAACCAUCUGUCGGGUGAUGCACAAGCAGAGCUUCUCGUUCUGGCAGCGCCUGAACGUGUUCUUCAAGCACUCGAAGGCCGGAAAGGAGCGGGAUGGGGCCCUGAAGGUGCUCCACGACGAGACGAACCGGGUGAUCCGGCUGCGCAGGGAGCAGCUGAUCCAGGAGCGCAGCGAAUCCCGGCCAGAGGCGGAGCAGCACGUGGACGACGUGGGCGUCAAGCGGCGACUGGCCUUCCUCGACAUGCUGCUCCUCGCCCAAAUGGAAGGCGGCGGCGGCGGGGUGGAGCUGAGCGACACGGACAUCCGCGAGGAGGUGGACACCUUCAUGUUCGAGGGCCACGACACCACCAGCUCGGCCAUCGCCUUCGCCCUCAGUCUGCUGUCCAAGCAUCCGGCCGUCCAGCAGCGGGCCUUCGAGGAGGCCAGCGAACUGGAGGGCAGGGAGAAGGAAUCGAUGCCCUAUCUGGAGGCGGUGAUCAAGGAGACGCUGCGCAUCUAUCCCUCCGUCCCCUUCUUCUCGCGCAAGGUCCUCGAGGAUCUGCCGGUGGGCAAACUGACGGUGCCCAAGGGCGCCUCCAUCAGCUGCCUCAUCUACAUGCUCCACCGCGAUCCCAACAACUUUCCCGAUCCAGAGCGCUUCGAUCCCGACCGCUUCCUGCUCAACGAGAAGCAAAUGCAUCCGUUCGCCUUCGCCGCUUUCAGCGCGGGUCCCAGGAAUUGCAUAGGCCAGAAGUUUGCCAUGCUGGAACUGAAGACCUCGCUGUCGAUGCUGCUGAGGAGCUAUCGCUUUUUGCCCGAUGAGGAUCACCAGCCGAAGCCGUUGGCCGAAUUGGUGACUAAGAGUGGCAAUGGAAUCAGACUUCGGAUUCUGCCGCGUGACGAGAACGUCAGCUCAGCAUAAUGCCAUUAUCUCAACAUAAUUUAUAGUUCGUAGGCCCCAUCAUGUCUAGAUUAAGUGGAGUGUAGUAAACAAUUGAAAACAUC